AUGCCUAAGAGUGUACAUGUACCAUCGCUGGACUCAGUCAUAUAUACUCGGUCUCCACAUUUCGUACUUGAGAUAGGAGCCAUUGUCGAAACACCACAUCUGUUGCCCGAUGCAAUUAAGUGGGGCCAAUCAUUCUAUAACGCUGUCCACAAGACGGACCUGGCAAACAUUAUGCCUUCAACAUAUCUUCCCUUAACUGGCCCAGAGAAGGUCGAUAUGGGAGCAAUCUACGGGCCUAACCUUGAGGUCCUGAGGGACAUCAAACAGCGCUAUGAUCCACGGGACGUUUUCAGGCAUGCGCUAGUAAAGCUCUUACGCGGUGCACUCGAGGGUAGUUCCGUUGGAGGAGUUUUAAACACUAUUGCCGGUGCUAAAUUAGGUGAUGAUUAG